GUCAAUAGGUUUUGUAACUCCAAGAUUAUGGGUUUAUUAUUCACCAAGUUUUGUCGGAUCAUGUUGCAAAAGCAUUACACGGCCCGUCGACAAAGAACUAACGACGGGGCUUGAACAAUAGGAGAAAAAUGUCCUGCCCGGUGGGUGUUAUCGACUGCAGAAACGCUAUCGAUGAACUCAGCGUAGAUCAUAGGAAAUUAAGUGCGGUAGAAAAUGAUGAAGCUGCAAACAUAUGCGGGGAUUAGUUUCAUUGCAACCAUAGUGGUUAUCUAUCAUGCCUUCAACAGUAGAGGCCAGUUUUACCCAGCAUUGGUCUAUUUAUCAACUUCCAAGAUCAAUCUAGUGCUUCUUCUCAACAUGGGUUUAGUCAUCAUGUGCAUUUUGUGGCAGCUAACAAAAAAGAUAUUUCUUGGUUCUCUCCGAGAAGCAGAGGUCGAGAGGCUCAAUGAACAAUCAUGGAAGGAGUUGAUGGAAAUCCUCUUUGCCAUCACUAUUUUUCGGCAAGAUUUUUCUGUUGCAUUCCUUGGUAUGGUUACAGCUCUAUUGUUGAUCAAAGCUUUGCAUUGGUUGGCUCAGAAGAGGGUUGAAUACAUGGAAACCACUCCAUCAGUGCCCUUGUUGUCUCAUAUCCGGAUUGUUUCUUUCUUGAGUUUCCUCUUCAUUCUUGAUAGUCUGUUUUUUUAUAAUUCGAUUGAGUAUCUGAUACGGACAAGGAAGGCCUCAGUUUCCCUCUUCUUUUCAUUCGAGUAUAUGAUUCUUGCAACAACGGCAGUGUCAACAUUUGUGAAGUAUAUUUUCUAUGUCAGCGAUGUACUCAUGGAGGGACAAUGGGAAAAGAAGCCUGUCUAUACAUUCUACUUGGAACUUAUUCGAGACUUGCUUCACUUGUCGAUGUACUUGUGUUUCUUUCUCGUGAUUUUCAUGACUUAUGGCGUGCCUUUGCACUUAAUCCGGGAGCUCUAUGAGAUCUUUAGGAAUUUUAGGAUUCGUAUUGCAGAUUACAUCCGUUAUAGAAAGAUUACCUCAAACAUGAAUGAUCGCUUUCCAGAUGCAACGCCUGAAGAACUCAAUUCAAGUGAUGCAACAUGCAUUAUUUGUCGUGAAGAAAUGACAGUUGCGAAGAAACUAGUAUGUGGGCAUCUUUUCCAUGUCCACUGCCUCCGGUCCUGGUUGGAGCGACAACAUACUUGUCCCACUUGCAGAGCCCUUGUUGUACCACCUGAAGGUUCAAGCACAGCUGGAGGUCAUCAUGGAUCGCAUGAUGCUAACCAACAAGGAACAGGAACCACAAGUUCAUCUGCACAAGAUUCGAGUGGUACGGGUGUUGCUGGCGAUAAUUUGAGUCAUCAUCAGGCUAGAGUCCAAGCUGCUGCUGCGGCUGCUUCAAUAUAUGAGAAAUCAUACGUUUAUCCUUGUGCGAGCACAUUAGUAUGGUCUCCUGGAUAUGCAGUAGUCCCUCAGACUCAAAGACCUUUGGCUGACUCCAACAAUAUAGAACCGAAUGGAGAACAAGCUCCCAAUGGGCAACCACAAUAUUUCCCAUUUACUGGUGGACCUGCAAACCUGUCCUUCACUCAAUUCCCCCAAAAUCUUUUUGUUCCUUUCCAGCCACGAGAGGGCUCUGUGAACAAUACCGAUGGAUUGGGUAGUAGUCAAAAUGUAUCAGGCUUACAUCUUGAAGAUCAAGAAAGAUUUAUUCAACAACAGAUCGAGAUGCUACAGAAGCAGCUGCAACUUCUCCGUAAUCCAAAAGUUGAGGAGAGCACAAGAGCAGGUGAGGCAGAUAAGAAAGGGAAAAGUGUAGCAUCAUCACCACCGUCGUCAUCUUCAUCGGUUUCAGAAUCUCAUCCACCCGCAGGAGAAAUCGAAAGGAUGGUGAGAUAGAAGAAAUGUGCAUAAUUAUAUUGUGUAAUAAUACAAGACUGCAGAUUCAGAAUGACAUAGAUGUCUCUUGUAUACGGAAGAUGUACUUGGUAAAAUUUUAAAGCAGUCUUCUUCCUAUUUGGCGCUGGGUUGCAAAGGGUAGUGGUGAGUGUUGCUGAUGAUUGGUUGUAAAUGCUGAAUUGGUUGUCCUUCGAAGCAAGCAAUUAUCGAUGGUCAAAAAAGAAUGUUGAAAAUUCUUUUCUAGCAAAUGAAGAGAGUUUUAUUCAAAGUUGUUUUGGUUU